CACACAAAAAUCUGUAUUUACUUCACUCCUAAAAAACAUCAUUUUUCUCAUAAAAACAUUAACACACUCUCAGACACUCUCCCUUGUUUUCUCCAAAACCACUCUAAUAUCUUCACUGUCUGCAAUACACACACACACACACACACACACACACACACAUAUUAUACUAAUUUUCAAAAGUACAUGGUGUUAAGUAAGUAACCAUGAACUUGAAAAAACUAAUUCCAGUCUCAGAUCAGUUUCCAUAUCUCACAUUUCAAAAAAAGAAAGUAUUUUCUGGAUUUAGUUUAGGACUUAUAUCAUUUUUUAUAGUUUUAUUUGUUGUAUCUUUUAACGUUUCUUUUAAAAGUCCCAUUUCAAAUAAAUUUGUUUUUCAAGGAUUCAAUAUUAAUAAAAAUAAUAAUAAUAAAAGUUCUUUAGUUUCUUGGCCCUUUUCUUUUAGUAGAAACCCUGCUAUUAAUUCCACUGAUUUGGAAACCACCCCUAAAAAAUCCAUUAUUGGUAAUCUCACUAAUAAGGAUGCUACAAGUGGUAAUGAUGAGAAAAAUUAUAAUUUGAAAGGUACCCAUUUUGGGAAGUUUAGUGGGGAUGUUAAAAAUGGAAGCUUUAAUGGGUUUCAAGAGAAAAGUUUUGAUUUUGGAGAUGCCCAUUUGAGUAAUUUCACAAAUGAUGUGAAAAAUGGAAGCUUUAAUGGAAAUUUAGAGAAAAAUCAUGAAUUUGGAAAUGCCCAUUUGAGUAAUUUUACAGAUGAUGUGAAAAAUGGAAGUUAUGGAAAAAAUCUUGAAUUUGAGGAUGCCCAUUUGAGUAAUGUCACAAAUGAUGCCAAAAAUGGAAACUUUAAUGGAAUUUCUGGGAAAAAUCUUGAUUUGAAAAAAGAUGAUGAUGGGGUUUUGGUGUUGAAAAAUCAUAGUAGCUCUUAUGAGGAGUGUGAUAUAUUUAAUGGAAGAUGGGUUAGGGAUGAUACAAAACCGUAUUACAAGGCCGGUUCGUGCCCUUAUAUCGAUAGAGAUUUCGAUUGUCAUCUUAAUAAGAGGCCAGACGAUGAAUAUGUGAAAUGGAAAUGGCAGCCUUUUGGAUGUGAAAUCCCCAGUCUGAAUGCAACGGAUUUUCUUGAAAGGCUCAGAGGGAAGAAGUUGGUAUUUGUAGGUGACUCCCUAAACCGGAACAUGUGGGAGUCUUUGGUUUGCAUUCUCCGAGCAUCUGUCAAGCACAAGAAUCGGGUUUAUGAGAUAUCUGGGAGGCAUGAAUUCAAGAAGAAGGGAUUUUAUGCUUUCAGAUUCGAGGACUACAACUGCACUGUUGAUUUUGUGAGCUCUCCAUUUCUUGUUCAAGAAUCAAUGUUCCAUGGUAAAAAUGGUUCUUUUGAGACACUAAGAUUGGAUUUGAUGGACCGAACAACUUCAAUGUACCAUGAUGCUGACGUUUUGGUCUUCAACACUGGACAUUGGUGGACCCAUGAGAAAACUUCUCAAGGAGAAGAUUAUUACCAGGAAGGUGACCAUGUGUACCCAAGGCUCAAGGUUCUUGAUGCAUACAGAAGGGCGCUUUCAACUUGGGCCCGCUGGGUAGAGACAAAUAUUGACAUCAAUAAAACACAGGUGAUCUUCAGAGGCUACUCCGUCACACAUUUCAAAGGAGGUCAAUGGAACUCGGGAGGUAAAUGUCACAAAGAAACCGAACCAAUUUUCAACACAAGUCACUUGACCAAGUACCCUUCAAAGAUGAGGGCUUUUGAUAAUGUGCUCCGAGAUAUGAAAACUCCAAUUGUUUAUCUCAACAUUAGUAGACUUACAGAUUAUAGGAAAGAUGGUCAUCCAUCGAUUUAUAGGAUGGAAUACAAGUCCGUUGAAGAACAGAUUGCAGCCGAACGAUCCCAAGAUUGUAGCCAUUGGUGCUUGCCCGGUGUACCAGACACUUGGAAUGAGUUGCUAUAUGCAUCUUUAUUACAGGUAGGAAGAGGAUCUUGGAAACUUUGAUGGAAAGAAGUAAGAAUUAUGAAGGUUGACCUCUAAAGGGUUUAAAGGAUUAUGUUGGCCAUAUGUGAGAGUUGGCGUAAGUCAGACUAUUGAUAUGUGGGUAAAUAUGUUAACAUUACUUCUCUACUACUAUUAUUAUUAUACAGAAAAUAGUACCAGGUAGUAGGGUCUAGGAUUCUUGGAAUGUCAAGGUCAACUAAAUCUCACCAUGAGCAUGAGUUACUCAGAAUGAGUUGCUAUAUACAUUCUUUUGAAGGUUGGAAGACGAAUCAAGUAUGAAGGUUUACUUUUAGGCUCAAAGAAUUGUAUUUACCAUUUUUGGAGUGUUACUUGACUGAUAUUAUGUACUUAAUUAUGGUGACUAUAACCAACAUCCUAUUAAGAAUAGAUCAAGUAAUCAUUAGAAUUAUGAGAAA